AUGACUUCCCGACAUUCCUACGUCACAAGUCCACACUCGACAUCUCUAUCUGAGAUCAUCAAGCUCGAACCUGAGAAAGAGCCAUGGUGUGCCGGUUAUGCUCCUUCACAGGGUCGUCGCUGUCACGCCCGCACAAAUGCACGUGGCCGCAGCUCCGCAAUUGCCCUUCUCAAUGAGGGUACCAAGGACCUUCGAGCCGGUCGCAACAUCGAUAUACUGCUAGAGGACCUAGCCCCUCAUACCCUAUGCACAAGGUUCCAUCAAAACCAAGCCUCGGAUCUCACCCGGCGUUGGAAAAGACAAGUCCGUACAUACCUCGAUUCGCAGAUGGCGUCCACACGGUCUUCAAGGCCAGUGAGAAUACCAUCUCGAAGAGUCUAUCCAGAUCCCGUUGAAGCAGACACGGAAAAGAGAACUAUCCUUCUCUACCGAACACUUCGUGAUCUUCUGCAAGAGGAGGUCAGUCGCCUUGAGGUUGCUCGAUAUGGCCUUGCAAUUACUGCAGACCCUCCUACUCGCCGUGAGAGUAGAAGCACAAGCGCAGCCAGUUCCAGGAGCGCGACCCAUACAUCGAACAGAAAUUCUCCCCCGCAAAGUCUCGUUGGUAGAACAGUCGAAAGACGCUCAACCGAAUCCACCAAUCAGGCACCAAUCCCUGUACCUCGACCAGUGCGAGUCCAAGUCAGUCCUCAAGCACGGGAAGUUUCUGUUUCGACCCCAAGACCAGCAAGCCCACCAGCUGAGGCCCCCGUCUCCAGCAACACCGAUAAUCCGCACAGCCAGAAUGAAACUUCCGAGGCCAACCGCCGCGAAGUUGAAGGAGAAUGUGGAAUCUGUUUGUGCGAUAUGCAUAUUUCAGAACAAGAUGCGGGUUCGGAUGAAGAGGAGCCCGAGCACAGUGGCGACGAUGACCAUGUUGACGAUGACCAUGUUGACGAUGACCAUGUUGACGAUGACCAUGUUGACGAUGAUCAAGAUGGUGAAGAGCCCGAUGAGGAAAGAGAAGCCGAAGCUGAGAAUGAACCUCAAGAUCAAGAAUUGACUUGGUGCAAGGCACGUUGUGGAGUCAACUUCCACAAGCUCUGCAUCUACCAAUGGCUAGAAACAAAUCAAACUCCUACAUGCCCAACAUGUAGGAGCAAUUGGAAACACUAA